GAGAGAGAGAUAGAGAGGCUCUCGUUGUCCCAGGUGAGGGCGAGCACGAGAGGGCUUCCUCCCAGUUGAGCGCAAGGAAGAGAGAUAGAGAAGCUCUCGUUCGUCCCAGGUGAGAGAACAGGUUAGGUGAUGGUCGCACGGUCGUGUUAGAAAAACAAGAGUGGCAGCGUUUGCCAAACGAGGUUGAAUGUCCUCCCCCACGACCACCCAUUGUGUUUCUGCUUCCGCGGUGUAAAUGUUUUGCUUUUCGUUGUUGUCGUUGUUGUUGAGAAGUUUAAGGAUGUGAAUUCUAUGGAAGUUAACGCCACGUGUGUGUGUGUGUCCUUGUGUGUGUUCACGCGAGAGGGUGUUUUGAUUAUAAACGUCCGGCUUGUGUGUUGUGGUGUACAUCAUCAGAGUAGUGAGUGUGUGUGGUAGGCGUGUUCCUAACUAACCCCUGGCUCUUCUGCCGUGUUUGUCGCCAGGGUUGUUGCUACAGGAGAGAGUGGUGUGAGUGUGUGUGGGUGGUGGUGGUGGUGGGUUGCCUUGUGUUUCGGAAUGUGCGUGCGCGAUUAAAUGUGUGGGCACGCCAGGAUAGCGUGCCUUAGGCACUGUACUCCGUCUAAGUGUGUACUUUAGUCAUGGGGGGGAUGAAAUAAAAUCUCAACUCUUAAAGUGUACAGAGGAAGUUGUUGCGAAUCAUUAAAGUGACAGGGGUACGUGGUGACGCUUUUUCGCUUUGCCCAUCGAAGGAGAGAUGGGCGACUGAUUUGGGAGAAAUAAAAAAAACACCUCGUCCAACAGUGAAUAGACCAUGGCUGAUGAUGCAGAAGGAUGCAUUUGAACUGGACAGCAACGCUGCACCGUGUCACGUCGUGUUAAAUGACGAGGACGCAAAGUUGGAACGUAAAAAAACGUGCAACUUUUGUGUAUGUAUCGCACACCUUUGUGCGAAAUUAAAUGUAUUAUUUUUAUGUUUUUUCUGCGUAGCCUGGACGAUGAGGAUCCCAUUGAGCCAUUCGUAGACCAACUGUGGUGUGCCGCCAUCGUGGGUCCACACUUCUUGCAAAUUUGAAAAAUUACUCAAUUCGGAUGUCACGCGGAAAACACAUUCGAAGAAUUACUCAAUUCAGAUGUCACAGGGCAAUAAUCGCCCUCUUACAACUGCCAGGCUAAUUAAUGCCCCACUGGCAGUCAAGGUGCUGCGUCACCACGUACUACAAAGGGAUGACUGUCUCUGCUGAUGCCCUUAAAUGUUCCUAGAUUAUGUUGAUGUCAGGCUCUCUGAGGCUCUGAUGCGUUUAUAAGCGUCAUAUAAAUGCAACUAAUAGCAUUACAGUGCGAUGUAAUUCAUAUGACUGUGGUGCAGCAGCUGUGGGAUCUGGCAGAGGGAGAUAAAGCAUUUGCCAUACUGAGGUGACAGUAGAUUUGGUCAUGAUGCCAUCAUCCUGGAACGGUGUUCUGUGGUGGUUUUAGGGGAAUUCUUGUGCACACCCACCCCACACAUUGCAGGCUUGGUAUAUGGGGACCCCGUUUUGAGUGUAAUAUCAGCAGUAAUUUAAGCAUAAUGAGCUGAAUCGGGCUGCUGUUGACGCCGAUUGCAUGAGAAACCAUAACUACCACUUGCUUUUAGUGAUAAGAGCAUGCGCACAUGUACAUUCUGAUUUAAAAACAUACUUCACGCUAUGGUCAGACCACAUACUUCACGCUAUGGUCCAAUGCGGGUUGGUGAAGGCGGUUGGGGGGCUGAGACACAGAGGCGUAGAAGUUCAGAACAACAAUUUUCGUUUCUGCUGAACUGCCCUCUGCUUCCCACAACGUGACCCCGAAAACAUCGGGGAAAGCAUAUUUAGCAGUAUUAGUUCGGACCUCGAAGCAAUCAAAUGUCACUUUUUCUGAUUCUUUACAUUGUUUAUAGAAAGUACUGAAAGUGGCAAGGGUGUGGCCCCUACAAUUACUUGCUCACGCCCCUAAUGGUGGAAGGGCCUCUUCUAAUGGCAGCUCCAGAUGGUAUUUUGGCCAACUCUUCUACACACACCAGACAUUUUGGAAGAGGUAGGAGUACCCCCACACGUUACCUUAUCACAUUUAACCUGUCGAUCGACUAACUGCUGUACCGAUUUCUAUACCGCUGGAUGGGCAGAGGUCGGGGGAGACUUAAGAGACUUGCACCAUUGUUUCAACUGUGAGGAGAGGUGACCGACGAUCUAUCCAUUGGACGUUCAGUGUUAUAAACAUUCCACCCCGCCAGCAUUCACAUAAAAGUACCGAACUUAUAUGUUCUAUACAAUGCAGAACGCACGGUUCAUGGUCAAACUCAGUGCUUUAAGGGUCAGCCAUACAGCAAACUAGUUUGUAACAUAUCUGGAGCAUAUGUAAAGAACAAACGCAAAAUUAUUCAAAGAUCAAUUGAAACUCAAGUGCGGUUGUUUUGGGUUGGGCUGUGCAUUGACCAUUUCUUCUUUCAAGCUUUCGCCAUGCACUGCUAUGGGCAUAUUCAGCUCUAAGGUUUGGGUUGCUCUGGAGCCAGAGCUGGAGCCGGUAGUAAAAGUAGUAGGAGCUGGAGCAGAAAAUGGAGCGGCCCUACACCGUCACAAUGAUAAUAAUUAGUUUUUUGAUAUGACAUCCUUUAUGCCAGGGCAUAGUGCGUUUUGCAUCAUAUCUCAUCUUAAAAAUUGAAAAGGGCACCCUGAGUGGCAGCUGCCCAUGUAGGUAUAAGGUGGCUCAGCACCUGGACUUUAAAGAGGCAUUUUAUCAGUAGGGGCAAUUAUGCUAUGUAUAAGCCCAAUUGAGUAGUUUGCGGGCGAAUUGGACCCUGAUGUCUGCACAGAAUGGCUUACUCUUGCAAAUUAUGUCAGGGGAUCCUUUAACUUCCACUCUGAAGUGGACAAUGGAUAUUAUGGUUAUUACACCCACAGUAGUAAUCGGGGCAUCGCUGGAUUCGAACCUUGAACCUCUGAAACAGGUGGCAAGUGUGCUAUCAGCUAGGCCGUGUCACUGCCCCUCCAUGACUCCGGAAAUCUCUGUUCAAUUCCCAGCCACAGAUAACAUCAGUGGGAUGUGAUAUCCGAACCUGUCUUACGAGCCCCUCCGUUACCAACCUAUACGGAGCAAUGUGUAGAAGUAUGGCCAAACAACCAUCAUUACCGACAUGACCCUGGGGAGGUCUUUAUCCAGCAGUAGAUUGACAAGGAGCUGAAAAUGAUUACUGUAUAUCCUAAGAUUAUUUUAUGCACAGGGGUGAGAUGGAUUGUGGCAUCAACAGGACAUUGAGGAAUGGUGACAGCAUGGAGAUCCCUUCAUUCAGCAGUGGAUAAGACUUUUCCUCAUGGUGAUUAGUGAGAAGUUACACCAUUCAGAUUAUGUCGGUAAAAUAAUUACACGUCAGGUAAUUUAUGGUACUGUCUUUCUUCUCUUGUGGGGGUGUUUGUAAAGUCAUGGCUGUGCCAUGCGGAUCGACCAUUGUAAGCGUGUGCUGUUCAUCACACAGGUGCAAGACUGAUUGUUUUCAAAAUCUGGACAAAGGCCUCCUCAGGCUAUUUUGGUCAUGAAAGUUGUUUGGUCAAAACUGUACCACGUUGGUCAGUGUGGGUUAGGUGGUAAGGCAGAUGCGCCAAACCAGUUCAGAUGUUGAUCUUUUGUUUGUUAAUUUUAUGUAUUUAAGGUUUCAAAAAAGUACAUCUGAAGCAUGUACACAGUCGGGGAAUGGCAAAUACAUUGAUGCAUAAAGGGAAUUGAUGCCCAGAUACAGAAGCGUGCAGCCAGAUGGAUUGGCAUUUCACCCAUAAUGUUCCUUACAAAAAGAGAAAAUGUUUUCGUGAUCCAAAUUUAAGUGGCGAUUCAUUUGAAGACAAUCAAAGGCAGCAGACCUUUGCACAGGAUAUUCAAGGCCAUCAAGAAGAGCUAUUCGCUGUGCUCUGCAGUGUGGAUGACAUUGGAGAUGAUAUUCUGAAGGAAUACGCAGAAAACAUUGCUCAGGAGGAAGUUCAUGUCUACCCCCUAACCAAAACCAAAAGAUGGCUGGGCUGCAGCCAGGAGGCUAUCCAGAGGCUCCGAGUAAAUGGAAAACUUGACAUAAAAGGCAAGGAGCUGAAGGUUUGGAUCUGUACGCAAUCCGAGAUGGAUGUUGUUGUUGACAGGCGGAGGUUGGUCUUGAAUGGAUUAGCAGGGGACACUCCCAAAGACAUGGUCAUAUUAUAUGUGGAAGCCAUAUCAGGCUUCUUGUCGGAUGACUUUAAUAUCGAAUACUUCAGUGAUGGGGAAAUGGCUGUGGUGACCUUCCAAACCCCAAUUGACUUUAGAUGCUUGUUUGAGAAGAGAUCAAGAAAAAAAAUACUCAACAAGAGAGAGAUCAAAGCCAGGCUGCUGGAGCUGACGAACUGUGUGCUGGUGGAGGGGGUGGCAUUGAACCUCAUUGAAGAUCUCCAUUUGUACUUCGAGAACAAAAUACGGAGUGGCGGAGGGGAGCUCUCUAACGUUAUUAUCAAAGAGGAUGGAAGAAAUGUCUACCUUUACUUCAAAGACUUGGCAGUUGUUGAAGAAAUUGUGUCAAGGCAACACAAUCUGUGCACAACGGAACUGAAAGUCUUUGCCUAUUAUGAUGAAAUAUGUUCUGCCCUUGGAAAACAAGAUCAACUAUCAGAGGACCCUGAACCAUUUUACGUACCAGUUGAUAUCAUGGUUAUGCAGUAUAUUUUAAACAGUUGUUUUGCAAUGAGAGAACUGACAUCCAUUCUAGAACGGGCAGAUGCUUCCUUUUCUCAUGGUGAAGGGGCAAAUGGCAACAUUACGUUUAAACCCAUUUUAGACAAGGGCGCAGUAAAUUAUCAAAGCCUUGCUAAAAAGUGGCAGCAAACGACAGAGACAUGUUUUCGAAAAUUCUAUGAACAGUAUUCUAAGAAUGAUUUGCCUUGUGCUAAAGCUGCAUGGGAAAGAGUUAAACAAGAAGUCUCAAUGCCUGAUCAUGUGCUGGUUGGUUAUGACUGUCAACAAGCUCAGAUCUUUGUUACUGGGAGAAAUCAGGAUGUGCAAGAUGUAUGUAAACAGCUGAAGCCCUUUGUAAAGAAUGCUGAGGAUACCCUCUCUGAAGAGAGUAAGAUCAUCAGUGAUUGCAUAUCACUAGAAAGCCCAGAUAACUAUAAUUUAAUGCAGUUCCUGAACAUUGAAGAUUUUUGCGCUAAAUUGAAUAAUUUGCAUUUACAAUUUGAUGAAGGCUCCUGUUCCGUAACAGUUACGGGCAUGUCAAGAGAUUGUCAAAUAAUUGCAGAAGAAAUACACAAUCUUCUAAUGAGCAUAUCAAUAAAAGAUUUGGUUAUUUCUGAUCAUGUUCUAAAAAUGUUUGCGGUACCAGGUGUCGUGCAAACAAUGAAUACGCAGUUUAAAAAAAGCUCAAUAUAUGCCAUUGUAGAAUUAAAAAGUGGUCAAAUGAAUGACACAUUCACUUUGAUAUCCAUUGCUGGACAUGCAGAAAAAGCGGAGUCUUGCAUCAAUGAAACAUUCACGGAAGAGUUGUUUUGUGUUCCAAAGGCAGAAAGUGACUCAACCAGAACAAAAGAAUGGACAAUUCUAUUGAAUGAUCUUGAAAAAAGCAGGGGUGAUGAAUGUCAACAAAUAAUUCUUGGAACAUUUGAAGAUCAAUAUGGUUCCUGCACCGAAGUUGUCAUUGCAGGUUUUGCCCCUGCUGUCAAAGAUGCCUAUGGCAGAAUGCAAGCAUUUUGUAGAGACAACUGUACCGUUACAAAAUUCAUGGUAAUGCCAAAGUAUCAACUGGAGUUUUUGGAGAAACAUGAGCUCAUACUGCAUGACACUAAACUUUUGGGUAAAAAUAUCACAAUAGAGUAUGAACCUGUUUCAGGGUUUCAGAUAGUUGGACAAUCUAGCAUUGUAAAUGAGAUUGAAAUGUUUAUCUGUGAAAAGGGAUUCAAGCUUUGCUCAAAUCUGCUCAGGAUUAAUACGCCAGGAGCUGCCAAAUAUUUACGAGAAAAUGAGGACUUUGCCAAAAGUAAAGUGUCAAAAGAUAAAGGCUGCAUGGUUUUCAUUGAGAUUGGGGCUGCUCAGUAUCCAUUUUUGCAGCUGAGGUGUCAGGAGGAUUUACCAGGGGGCCACACCAUCUCAAUCUACAAAGGGGACAUUUUUAAAACGCCAGUAGAUGUGGUUGUGAAUACAGCCACAGAAAAACUGCAAAUUUUGACAGAUGGAACCUUUGGAAAAGCCCUUUUAGAAAUCGGAGGUUCAGACAUACAGAUGGAAUGCAAUGACCUUGUUCAUGAAAGUGGAGAGCUUAAGCCUGCAGAAGUAGUAAUGACGAGCCCAGGAAAGCUCCCAUGCCAGAAUAUUGCUCACAUCAUCUGUGGAUAUUUAAAGAAAAAUUCAUGGAAUACAUGUAUAGACAUUUCCAAAAUGAAACUGGUAAAGGAGGGGAUUCAGAACGUUUUGAUGACGGCAGGGACAAUUGGGCACCGGAGUGUAGCAAUACCAGGUCUUUUGUUUGAGAGGUAUAGGUAUCCUUUGGACAUUUACACUACAACACUCAUUGAUGCUGUCGAGUCUUUCUGUAAAGAAGAAGACAAUGCUGAUAAUUCCCUGACCGACAUCCUCUUUAUCGAUGUCGAUGACGGUGUACUCGAUGCUCUUUCAACUGCUCUCCUGUGUAAGGUUGGGAAAAUUCCAGUUACAGAUGAGCCAGAUAGAGUUGUGGAUUUAUUGGUCCAGAAUGAAAAUGCAUUCUUACAUCCAGGCUGGCCUCAAACCCAGAGUUCAGCAACAACAGUCACCAGUCCAAGCUGCAUAACUACAAAUGAAGGACUCAACAUCUCCUUGGUUAUUGGUAGUAUUGAAGAAGAAAAUUCGGACGUCAUAAUAAACACAACCUCGGCAAACAUGAAGUUGGAUUCUGGAAAGGUGUCCAGUGCCAUUUUCCGUAAGGCCGGUCCGACACUGCAGAAUCUCGUUGACAAUAUAGUCCAGGGCCAAUCCAUUCGUUCUGGGCAGAUUGUGAAGACGGACGUGACGGGCCUUAAUCUUUUCUGUCACAUGGUGUACCACACCAGCCUGGGUUCCUGGGACAAUGGCAAACAUCUCCACAAGUUCAUGAAACAUAGCCUCGAGAUGGCCCAUCGGGAUGGGGUUUCUUCCAUCUCCUUCCCAGCACUUGGCACAGGAAUGCUCAGUUACCCACCAGUGAUGGUUUCAAGUUUAAUGUUUUCAGAAGUUAUCAACUUCAGCCAGAGUCAUCGGAAAACAAUGCUGAAGGACAUCCGAUUUGUGAUUUUCUCCAAAGACCAGCUCGUCAUUUCAGCCUUUCAGGCAGAGCUGGCCAAACAUCUUCGAGCACUCAAAAUUGACAUACCACUCAAUUGGGCACCAAUGCCAAAGGGACAAGAAGUGAUCAGGGUUUGGCUCCAUCCACAAUCGGAUGAAUACAAAAAUGUUGAGACUCGCUUUUUAAAAACCAUCACCGCUUUCAAGGUCUUCAGAAUUGAAAGGAUCCAAAACAUGAGCCUGUACCAUACCUAUCAGGUUAUGAAGAAAUCAAUUGAGUCAAGAAACGAUGGGCAGAUGAUAUGUGAGAAGCUGCUUUUCCACGGCACGCGAUCAGACUCCAUCGACAACAUUACUCACCACGGAUUCAAUCGCAGCUAUGCUGGAAAAAAUGCUACGGUCUUAGGUGUAGGGACAUACUUUGCAUUGAACGCUUGGUACUCUGCUUCUGACACAUAUUCCAAACCUGAUGCCAAUGGAACCAAGUACAUGUUCCAGGCCCGUGUCCUCACUGGUUCCUAUUGCAAAGGGGACUCGAGCAUGAAGGAGCCACCGCUGAAAAGUCCGUUUUCUAAAACUGUACGCUACGAUAGCGUGGUCGACAACUCCUUUUCACCGAGCAUGUUUGUGGUAUUCUACGACAAUCAGGCUUACCCAGAGUACCUCAUAACGUUCUCUAAAUAAGUUGCCUGUUGGCUGUGAACUCUGUGGUUCAAAAUGUACAUAAAUGCCUUGUCAGUCGAGCCGAGUGUUGACAUUUUAUUUUUUGUUGCGUUGAUAUAAUUGUUGUAUAUUUUCUAGUUUAUACAUUUUACGAUGUGCGCUGCAGUAGUACUCACGUUUGGUUGUUUUCAAGGCUUUUUUUUCCAGCAUUAGUGUUUACAGUAAAACCUUUUGAAGCCGGACUAAUUUAUUGUCCGGGGGUUGUCCAGCAUAUUGCAAAUAAUCGAGAAGUAGGUAAUUAUUAAAGUUAAGUUACAAAUACAGUUAUCAGAAUAUUUCGCACUUGAUACUGGAGUUCACAGUUUUAAACGGCUCAGCUUGAAUACAGUAAAAAGCCUUAAUCUAAUUUUCUUAAAAAUCCAUGUUUAAUGGAGGAAGCUUAUGAGGUUCUUUAAAAUGCCAUUUUUAAGAUUGACUUUAAAGUGGCAGCCUAUUCAAAAAAUAAAGUGUUAUUGUUGUGAAGAAUCUCGAAGCAACCUUUCUCAUAUAAUACUUUAAGUUACAUUUAUUGUUCAGCAUUGUGGAAUGUGAUAAUGGCCAAUUUUGCGUGAUAUUGCUGUGUUAUACAAUGCAAAUGCAUAUGUUUGGUCUUGUUUAAUGUGCAAUAAACGGAUACUGAAUUUGUGUAUAA